AUGUCUACACCACGCCUCACCUACAUCCUCUCCCGGUACACCCCCCACCUCCACCCAUCUCUCCGCCCAACUAACCCUCCCAGGAACCUCGACCCCAUCUUCGCCGUCGGCAUCGGCACCGCGGCCGUCGCGCUGCGCAUCAACCGCGACGAGAAGGCGAAGGGGUUCGCGACGAAGGAUAUCGUGGAGAUGCUGCGGAGAAGGAUUAAUCUGGCGGUGGCGCAGUUGGGGGGGAAGCCGGGGGGGUCGUGA